AUGACUGUUAAGUUACGGGACGUUAAGGCCGAUGCUAAGAAAGAGACUUAUUUUACACCUAUCUACGACAGCGACCGCGGGGAGCUCCACCGGGUGGCAGUAGUGGGCCAGAACGCCACCUUACUGCAGGAGAUUGCUCUGUUCACCUCACAGGAACCUGUCAAUAAUAUAUUACUGCACCAGGGCCUGGCUCUGGUGGGCAGCCCUCUGUCUCUGGCUCGUGUCCAGGCUGAAGGCUGCGCUCUGUAUGCCGGCUGUAAAGUGUGUGGCAGAGCCAGAGGACUGGGCUGUGUGUGGAGCACAGAGGAGACAGCCUGCAGGCCCACAACUGCAGAUCCUGGUCCAGGUGAUGUGGUUGACAACGCCUUGAGAAAGUGUGAUAGAGAGGAGGGGCGUUGCAACCCGUCCAUGAGGGAGCUGCGAGUUUCUUUGGGUCUGCGUCUCCUGUUGCCAUGUGUCCAGCUGUCUCCCAGGCCCUGUAGCUGGGAGCAUCCUCCCCACAGACACACCAGGCAGCACCACUCUGACCUGGAGGUGACUGUCACAGAGGACACUCUUGGAAAAUACACCUGCACAUGCCAGGAGGCGGGACCAGGUAUCGGAGACCCCACCCCAAAAAAAAAGAAACUCCAAGAGAGUGUGAAAGCCUGGCAGUUGAAAUACAAUGCAAUGGAGCAGUCUGCAAAGGACCUGGCAGAGAAAGACUCGAGCUGGGAAAUGAAGCAGACUGAACACCAGAAGUUGUUGAACCAGGUGGAGGAACAGGUCCAACAGAGGGAUGCUGAAAUCCAACAUCUAAAAAUGGAUAAAGAAGCUCUCGCUCAGACGCUCACAGAGAACUCUAACAUGUUGGUGAGCAACAACACUGAACUCCAAGACCCAGAAACACCAGAGCUUGAAGAUGGAAAUGAAACUGAUGGAAACGAAACUGAAGGACGACAACAAGGAACUAGAGAAGAAGUUCAGAAAUGACUUGACAGAGAAACAACCUGACAGAAAUGACAGAGCUGGGAGCGUAUAGUCAAAGUGUUGGAGACGCAAGCAAAACAGAUGAAUGUGAACAUAGCCAAUAAAGAAGAGAGCUGGCGCAUAAAAGAAAGGCAAGUGCAGGAGGGGAAGACAAAACUGGAGGAUCUCUGUCUGAUCAUGAAGACGAACAGCAGAGGUUUCUUUUCCCGCAAGAAGAUGGAGAUAAGGCAAACGGAGUCAGAGAACGUAAAACGCAAAAUGUAUGAUCAGGACAAGAAAAAGAAAGAAGUUUGAUAGGGAGAGGAAAGCAAAUGCAGAGAAAAUGGACAAGGGUUAUUUGAUCUGACUUGAAAGGAGAUGCAACUACGAACAGGAUGAGGCUGCUAGAUGUUCAGCUGGUGUUCUAAAUGUCAAUCAGAUCCCUUUUUCAUGUCCUUCUAACUAAACCCCUCCUCUAUCUACCUCCUCCAUCUACCUCACCCCCUCCCUCUAUCCACCCUUCGUCCCUCACCCCCUACCUCUCCACCCUCUCAAUAAUUUUUCCGAACGGGUUUUCUCCUGGUGCUCAGGUUCGCCCACAUUAACCAUAUUCAUUUUAUAUGCACAAUAUAAAAUAAACUUAAUAUAAAAUA